AUGGUUACUGUGUCCCAGAGCCCAGAUUACAGGGUACCAGGAAAGGACCUCACGUCCUCUGAAGAGAAGGCCAUCACUCAGUCCUGCGCUCAGUUUGACGCCUACAGAUACGUGAACGUCCUCCACUCUCCCACCUCCAGCUACGAGAUUCUCGACUUCCUGGGCGAGGGCACCUUCGGGGACGUCGUCAAGUGUUUGAAGACGGCCACCAGGGAGGAGGUCGCCGUGAAGAUAUUCAAGCACAUCGACGCCCCGGACAAGUUUGAGAAAGAGGUCAGCACGCUGCAAACGUUGAUGGCUUUCGACACGGACCAGGUCAACUUGAUUCAGUGCAAAAGCAUCUUCGUGGACAGAGUCUACAUGUGUCUGGAGUUUGAGAUGUUGGACAUCAAUCUUUGGGACUUCAUGAACACCAGACCCACUAAAUGCCUGCUUGUCAAAGAGAUCCGCCCCAUCCUGCAUCAGCUGGCCAUCGGCCUGCAUUUUCUGAACAGUAUUGGACUUAUCCACGCAGACCUGAAGCCCAACAACAUCAUGAUGGUAGACCACGUCAACCAGCCAUACAAAGUUAAAAUCAUUGACUUUGGCUUGGCUCAACAUGUCUCAGAGACAAACCAGGGAAGACACUUCCAGAACCGCCGCUACAGGGCUCCAGAGAUCAUCCUGGGUUUGCCCUACGCAGAGGCUAUUGAUGUGUGGUCUCUGGGUUGCAUCAUUGCUGAGCUGUUCCUGGGCUCACCACUUUUCUACAGCACUUGUGAAUACGACAUGUUGAGAAAAAUAGAGCACAUCCUUGGUCUUUUGCCUCAAAGACUUCUGAACAUUGGACUGAAAACCAUUUACUUUUACAAGAAGGAGAGGGUCUUUCACACCUUUCAUUGGAGACUAAAGAGGCCAAACGAAUACGGAUACGUCGCCUGCACUGACAGUUUUAUCAACUCUGUGGAUGACCUUUGCGAGGUUCGACAGGUUGUUCAUCUGUCAAAUGAAGAUACCACGGCAGAAGUCCAAGACCAAAAGAGCUUUGUGGAUUUGUUGAAGCAGCUUCUGCAGCCUGAUGCCGGCCAGCGACUAAUCCCCAGUCAGAUUCUCAAGCAUCCCUUCAUCACCAUGGCUGACAUCGCAGUCAGCCACGCAAAGAGUUUCUACGUAAAACUGAGCUGUGAGAUGAUGGAGGUCUGUCAGAAUCAGAAAAUCAGCUCUGAGGUUCAGGCCCGCCCGUCAACAGCGUCGGACCCUAAGGCGUCGUUGCCUGCUUGGCAAAGCCACAGAGAACAUCCUGACAUCUUGGGGAUCUCGUCUCGCAUUACGGGGGGCCUCAAUCUCGAAGACCUUUCCUCAGAUACGCAGAUGGCGGUCUCUCAUCAGCCUGGUUGUAUCAGCCUUCACCAGUCUACACCCAAUGAAAGCAGGCAGCACGUGGCAGAAGAACCACAAAUAGAGGGCGAGGAUCCUGUCCAGGGUCAAAGAGACGUCUCCUCACAGAUGGCAGUCAGGAUGUCCAAAGCCAAAUCUACAAGCCCAGACAGCAUCCAGUCAAGAAUUCCUGACAAAGACUUACAAGACGGGAAGACCGGGCAGACCAUCCCCAAUGGGGACCAGACACUCAAUGUUGAAGUUGAGGACCCUCACGUGACAACCAGCCUCGCCAAAGCCUUGGCGCAAAGUAGCAGCAAUUGUGCCAACAACAAAAGAGAGAAAGAGAAAGAAAAUAAACCACAAGGACCACAAGACCACAAAAGGAAAAGAAUAAAGCCCACUUUUAGACCUAUUUUCUCUUCCCAAGAAUCCCCGAAGAAAAAGAGAAGAAAAUUGAACCCUGAAUGACGUCCGGAGACAAAGUAGUAGUACGGCUACUUACCUCGGAGACAAGGCAAAGAACCUGGGCAACUUCGGAAGCUAGAGGUUCUAGUGUAAGUCCUGAAUGUGAUUUGUGAAACUGAAGAAAAGGAAGAUGAGCGUUAAAGACGCCCUAACUCAAAGUACUUCAAGGAGGAGAAUGAAAUCUGCACGGACAACAAAGGCAACCUCCAGCAAGACCAGGCGUCAACUGAGAGAAAAAGACCUUGGUCUCCAUGGAAACGACACAACCUGUCCGGACAAUGACGGCACCAAAGACAGCAAAGGAAGAGGAGUCAAGAUCAGAUACUGUCAAUAAACAAGAUGUCCGGUGGGCAGAAUGACUUUACCAUGUAGUACCACCAAGUACCAGCAGAUGUCGACAAAUGACCACAAAAUACAUGUUCCGUAUUUACUUUUGUAAAGUUUAGCAGUAAGUUUUAAGUGUAGAGCUCCUUAUCUUAACUGAAUUGUCUUAAAAUGAGACUGAUCAAUUAACUUUAGGACUUUGGGUCCAGACACAGAAUAAACAUGUUCUGUGUGGAAUAUGUGGGCCUGUGUGGUGGCGGCAGACAUCAGCAGCAGACAUCUGUUGGAGGCCAAAAUGAGAGGAAACAAAGUGCCGACUCUGCAUCUCUGAAUGCCACAGUUCAGCCAAUGG